CAUCGCAGACGAACGUCAUCCGAAGUAGGUGAACGAGGACGAAGAUAUUUGGUUCAGAAACAACCAGGGCGAUCAAUGAAAAUGUGGUCCAAAGCUGGUGCGAUGAUGAUGAUGAUGAUGAUGAUGAUGAUGAUCCAACUGAUAAGCAUCGUCCAAUCACGUAAGAUCGAAGCGAUUGAUGACUUUGACGACACUGAGAACGAUGUCGACGAAAGCGAUAACUUGCGUCAGACAGUCGAGGCUAUGAAGAAAGUCAUAGGUGCCAUGGGUAGACAAGUUCUAUUGCAACAACUCUUUGUCGAAGAGCGAAUUCGAUCCGAAGGCCAUUCAGGAGUCAAACAAAAACGCGUGAAUGCUCACGGAACCCGUAACUACAAUACUGACACACAUUCAGGUGGAUCCGUCAACGCCAUCCACGACCAUUCCAACAACAUCCGUACUGUAGGAAUGGGGGAGAUCAUUGCGGUUCUUAAUGGUGUUGAAUUCCGAACCAGACACAAUGAUUAUCGCCUCUACAAGCCACACAGCACCUCAAAAGAAUGGCACGCUACAGAAGACAUACCUUUUCCAGACGUCCCACCWGAAGUMUUGAGCAAAGGAGACAACAUUUCUGCKCAGAUAGACGAAAUGAGAGCUUGGUUUAAGGCCUGGAAAGAUCAAGAUCACAAAACAAGAGAUUAYAGGAAGUAYUUUAAACCCAUUCUCUGYUAUCUUGAAGGGGCGUGGACAAACUCAACAAAAGGCAAAGUAGAUGAGCCUUUCGAGAGUGACAGACACUUUGUUGACGCUAGCAGCUGGUUUGACUURCAAGAGAAAAUCCGCUUCACCUCGUACACUGGUCGCAAGGACAACUUGGAGAACUACUCAUUCCUUCCUACGACAAUCAUGAAAGUGACUCAGGAUGGAUACCCCGAGUUUGCCCAGUGGAACUACCGAAUUAUGUGUCAUCCACUUAGCCGAGAUCUUCCUCUGAAUCGYCUCCGUGUUAUCGAUGAGCUUGGUCUUCUAUUAACAUCAAAACGUACGCUGGAAGAGCACAGUAAGAAACGUGGCGCGCGUUUCCAGAUCAAUCCCUUCGAUGAAAACUGGGCUGAUCUCAAGAAUGAAGGCAGGAACACAGCUAAAUGGAGUCUUCUGGAUUCACUCAUGAGCGAGAUUCCUGGGAAGGAUAACUAUGCAGGUGAUUUGAGAGACGAAGCGUUUGAUUUAACAGCAUACUCAGUUGAUCCUAAUCAUAAGGAUGURAAGCUCAGAGCAGAUCGUUACCAUCGYAGUUACAGAGUUGCAAGUAAGGGMGCGAUGGGUAUCUCAACACGYAAACGUGGUUUCUCCGACGAGCAACUCUUUAUGGCAAUGAAUACCCAGCAGAAAGUCGCUGGAAUGGAUUUGACGAACUGCAAAGGACCACCUAAAAGAAGGGUUUGCAAUACCAUCAAUCAGAAGUGGUCGUACGCCAUUCCUCUCGAGAUCAUCUACUUGACACCAUUGAGCAAAUGGAAUCCCUACAAUAUAGAAUACAAAGGCAACGCAAAAACAGACCUUGGGCAAACGGUCGAGGAUCCGAAUGGAAAGCGCCGCAAUGGUGGAUUUACCGUAGACAARGCAUAUAAUGGUACACAYAGCAAAAAGUACUACCGAACACCUGUGGAGUUCUUUUCAGGGAGCGAGGUUGGGUCGGGAGCAGCAGACACGACGAGGAAUGCAGUUGGAGUACUUGACAAAAAAGGAAAUGUGCGCAAGUGUAAGGCCUCUGGAACGCGUAUCGCCCUUCCUGAAAUUGCUGGAGUUGGUACUCUGCGUCAGCGGUAUCCUAUCGUWCCAGUCCAUGGCGAGGGAAGUUCUGUGUGGAAAGAGCUGGAAGCCACCAAAGACGUGCUACUAGACUCCAAGAAGAAUGGCUACAUAUUCCGAGAACCAUUAAAUAGUGGGCCACUWCCCACUGAGCCUCCACAAAAGCCUGUUGAAUUCGAAGUGCAGAAAGCAGAGGCAGACCCUCCUGGACCACAUSAACAUUUAUUCACUUUAACCCCAGAACAGAUGAUCGAAUUGAAGAAAAGGAAAAAGGUUUCGAUCACCACCGACGAGCGAGCUGGUCACAGUCACAACCUAAAGAUCAUGUGGAACAAAAAAAGGAAUGAAUAUCUCUUUGUGGAAUGUGAUGGAGACAAAGUUCGCGGGAGAGUUGGCUGCAGGGAUAAGCAUCCCAAGACAUUAGCCCUGAUUGGCUGAAACUAGUGAAAAGCUAAUGUAAAAGCUCUCCACAUAUCGAAUAGCAUAUAAUAGGGUUAUAUAGUAGGGUUGGUAUUAGAUAAUGYACUUAUAACUGAAUCUUGUUACUUKAUGUGACACUUAAGCAUACAAUACACGCUUUGAUAAAGCCUACAUAUAUUUGAUUAACUAGUGACACUUUACCUUUGAAAUAGUUCUUUUGAGUUUAUUUUAAUUGAAAAUUCAUUUUCAGUGAAUGCAUCUUUGAACAAUUUUGCUAUACUGUGAAAUUUGUCAAAUACAUAAUCAUGUUAACAUAUCAAUGUUUUCUCACUUGUUCAACUUUUGAUUUCUUGAUCAAGGUUCUGCAACACCGGCAGGGGUUUUUGAAAACUUUGCUGGUUGUAACGAUGUACUCUUAUUCUAGCCUGCGAAGCGGCCCCCUGUGGACAGGGGAUAGAAAAAAAAUGAGGGUCGCCAUGUAGACUAUUCAUAUUCAAGAUAGAUGUCUUAUCUAAGGGAAAGUAAAAUGUUGUAAGGGAAAUAUGUUGAAAUAAACGCAUGAAUGUAUGUAGUGACUGUA